GAAAUUUCACCAAAUUCACCAUAAAAUCGCUGGUCGGCCAUAUUUUGCUUUCAUCAUUGGCUGGAAGAAAAAGUUCGCGUCGUUGUUUAGUAAAAUACGUAUGCUGAAAUAGAGAAUACAAUAAUGGUUUAAAAAUGUGAGGAACAUAAAUUAUGGACAACACCACAGCACCCGAGGAUAGGAAUAAUACCUUACUAGCGCUGAAGUCAACUUUAAAGAGAGUUAUUUAGACUAGUUAAAUGUGGGAAAAGAUGAAUAUGCGGCCAUUGAAAAGGCCCCGGCUUGGGCCUCCGGAUGUCUAUCCACAGGAAGCAAAGCAACGGGAGGAUGAACUGACCUCGACUCAUGUCAAACAUGGUUUUGCUACUGAGCAUAAGCUAUCGGAAGAGUUUGGAACCGCACGCAAUUGUAAUGUAACUGCUAGCAAGGUAGGAGCAUAUUUCAACGCCAUACUGGCAAGAAAAGAAGAGCUAAUGACACUUCCGGAUUCCGGGAGAAAAAAACAGCAAAUUAAUCCAAAGGAUAAUUUUUGGCCAGUCACAGCUAGAAAUAAAGCUACUCUGGACACAUGGUUUAAGGAUUUGGCUGGAACUAAACCUCUAAGCAGUCUGGCUAAGAAAGCUCCGAGUUUCAAUAAGAAAGAGGAGAUUUUUGCCAUGCUUUGUGAAAAUCAAGUCACGAUGCAAAGAGCGGCAUGGUUUAUUAAACUCAGCUCGGCUUAUACGGUUGCUGUUUCCGAAGCUAAAAUUAAAAAACGUCAAAUGCCUGACCCUGCGACGGAAUGGACAGGAACUUUGAUUAAAUUUAUGAAAGAUUUAAUACCCAAAUUGCACGAGCACUACUAUCAAGGCCCAGUACAGGAGAAAAGUGUAAGCAGCAGUGGACCGCAAGGUGCUGCGGGUGGUAUGACACCGAAUUCCAGUGUGAACACCAAUCCUCUCACAAUUCCACCACCUCUAUCAAGUCCUGCCGGUAGUCUUCACAGUCCAGCUGGUUCAAGUUUAGGAGGAGGAAGUGGUCAGCAGCAAAAUCAGCCAGCUAACUCACCACAGGAAGAGCAAAAAUUGGCUUAUAAACAGUGGACUUAUUGUACUCAACUAUGCAAAUACAUGUAUGAAGAGGGGCUACUGGAUAGAGCUGAAUUUCUCAAUUGGGUACUGGAUUUGUUGGACAAGAUGAAAUCCUCUCCUGCUUGCGACGAUGGGAUAUUGAAAAUUUAUCUCCCUUUGGCUAUGCAGUAUUUAUCAGAUUUGGUACAAUCGGAGCGUUAUUGUCGCCGGUUGGCUUAUGCUGUUUGUAAAAAAUUGGCCUAUCUUAUCAACUAUAUGGCUGAGAGUCACAAUAUUAAUUUAGCUAAUCCAGAAGCUCAGGUCAAACAAGUUGGGCUGGAGCGUAAGGAAAAGUCUGAAAAAUGUGGCAAAGAUGUUCCUUCGAAGACGGAUCAACCAACACUCAACAUCAAUCCGUUUGACACUAUUUUCUCGGAAUAUAUGAACUGUUCGCAUCAUCAUGACUUGGUGCUGCAACUCUCUUCUAUCAUACAGGUGAUAACACUUGAAUGCCCCACGGCUCUGGUUUGGUGUGGAAUUGGUGAAACUCGUUCUUCCUCCGUGCUCGCUGGUAGCCCUUUGGAUCAUCUACCGAUUGCUCCAUCUGCCCUGCCGAUGCCAUCUCGAUGUGAAAAAUCUAACGAAGAGAUGCGGGAACGCUUAAUGGAAGCUGAAGAAAGUAUCAAAUUACGUUCUCGUCAUGCCGAGUCCCGGUGGUGUGUGGACAAGUGGCAAACGGCAACUGGAAAUGCUAGCUUGAAAAUAUUGGCAGUUUUGGAUGCGCUUGACGGGCAUUGCUUCGAUAGAAUGGAUUCCAAUAACUCGUUGGAUACACUUUAUCAGAAGAUAUUUCCUUCCUUGCAGCUGCAAAAAGAAUCGGCCACGGCAGGCAGCGUGGGUGGUGGAACUGAAGCAAAAGAUGGUAACAGUAAGCUGUUGGAAUAUAAUGCUGAUCAAGAUGGAUCAAUUGUCAAGAUACUGUGUGAAUGGGCAGUUUCUUGGCAGCGUUGGGGUGAACAUCGGGCAAUGGCUGUGGCAUGGCUGCUAGACAAAAGGCAGAGUGAAGUACUUAACACAUAUGAAAGUGAAAAUGGUAACAAUAACAAUUUGAAUGAUGAUAAGGAUUCCGUCAUAUCUGGAGGUAGUCCUGGUUGCGGUCAGCAAAUUUUUCAGAACAUUCUGAUGAAUUUUCUAGACAACGAUGCUCCAAUAUUGGAGGAACAUGGAACACAACAGAAUAAAAGUCAAUUCACUAAUUUGGUUCAUCUGUUCAACGAACUGAUCCGGCACGAUGUAUUCUCGCAUGACGCUUACAUGUGUACGUUGAUUUCUAGAGGUGAUUUGUUAACAGGCACUGGAAUGUCGCUGUUGGAAUCUCAACCGAGUUGUAAUACAGGUCUAGGCACCGGACCGAUAUCGAAUAAACCGGCCACUUUAUCACCGAACAUCAAUCAGGGCCUUGAGGAAGAUGUCAUUCAGAAUGACUUUAAAGCUAAGCUAGAGGAUCUGGACGAUUCCAAUGUGGAUGAUGAUCUGGACAAACUUUUGCAGCACAUCAAAGAGGAUCAGCAGAACUCGAUGGAUGCUCCGGAUAGUCCCAAGGAUCCCGAGCAGUCGGCAGCCCAGGUUAACACUACAAGUAGUAAAACUGAAUCUUCCAGUCGACAUUUUCUGUAUACCGAGCACUUUCCACUGUGUCAGGACGAUCCAAUUACGCAGCAUGAUUGUAAUCAACGUUAUAUACUACUGUAUGGCGUUGGAAAGGAGCGCGAUGAUAAGAAGCAUGCUGUAAAGAAGAUGGCUAAAGAGAUUUGUAAGCUGUUUUCGAAAAAGUUUAGCAUCGAUGUGGCUGAAGGUGGAAAAGUGAAGAAACACUCUAGGAACGAGUUUAAUUUCGAAGCAACCUCGAAUAAAUGCCAGUCGAUGUCAUUUUUUGAUCAGCAUAUGGUAACGUGGCAAUGUGCCGUACAGGUGCAGGAGAUGUUGAAUAGUUUUGCUCUUGGGAAUAGCAACUACCUUCCGGUGCAAGAACAUGUCGCCUUUUUGUUUGAUUUGAUGGAAUCGGCUUUCAACAUCUAUGGUUUGAUCGAUACAUGCAUUCAAAUUUUGAAGGAACUUCCAGAAGUGGAGCUUCAGAUGAAUAAAAACUCGGGGCUGGUGAAAAGUUACACCACUUCUCUCAGUUUGUACGUAGUUGGUGUUCUAAGGCGUUACCACUGCUGUCUGUUAUUAUCGGCCGAUCAAACGACAGCCAUAUUUGAAGGCCUUUGCCGAAUCGUCAAACAUGUAUCAAAUCCCAGCGAUUGCAGCUCUGCUGAACGGUGCAUUUUGGCCUAUUUAUAUGAUCUAUAUUCGGCAUGUUCUCCACUAAAAACGCGGUCGCAGCAGGAACCAUUCCACAACGCUUAUCCUAAGAUUAAGCAAGCACUUUAUGCUCCGCUUCAGCCGACACCAUCAGCGCAUGCAUAUAAUCCACAGUUUAUGGUAGAUGUCAUCUCAAAUCCACGCCGUGGUGGAAAAAUCGAGCCGGCGUGGGUCCGUCAGUUAAGUGAAUCCCCCUCCAAUAGGUACAGUUUUGUGUGUAAUGCGGUAGUGGCUGUCACACGAGACAUUGAUAACGACAUGCUGAAUGAUAUUGCAGCAAUGUGCGCUGAACUGACCGCGUGCUGUAACGCUCUGAGUACUGAGUGGUUGGGAGUGCUUAUCGCUUUGUGCGGUUCGAGUAAGGAUGCCGGUUAUUACGUAGAUGUGAUUACACAGGUUGAUAUUCUUAACACAAACAUCCACAAUGCACUGUCCGUUUUUACCAGUAUCCUAGUUGCACGACACUGUUUUUCGUUAGAGAACUUUGUAGCCCAUGUAGCGUUGCCAGCCUUGGUUCAGGCUUGUAAGGGUCGCAGUGAAACGACACCGGAGAUUGAAGCCGGAGCCCGAUUAUCGUGCCACUUAUUGCUGCGCUUGUUUAAAACCAUUGAGUGUCCGCAGCCGGGCCUUUAUUCCGUAAGCACUUCUCCCAAUCCAAUUACAACUACGGGCCAAGUGCACAAUAUAAAACUGAGUUGCGAUCGUCAUUUACUGGCAGCAGCUCACAAAAACAUUGGCGUUGCACCAGUCCUAGCAGUGUUGAAAGGAAUUCUCGUAGUCGGCGAUGCAACCGCUCAGAAGGCAACUCCGUCGAUCUUUGGAAGUGGUAAACGCAGCGGACUUAACACACCGGUGCAUCCAGGCAGCACUCCAAAGCAUGCCGGAGACUUGAGUCACAUUUUGGGAACCAGCGAUUUGUCGAUUCUAGGCAAUACAGACGAAAAUAUGCUGGAUCUCACGAUGAUUGAUUUGGAACAGCUCUCACCGACCACUUGUUCACGAUUGGUCAUAGCUAGCGGCAGGCAAACGAACGCAACUCAGGACAGCACCACAAGCUUAUCGGAUUUUGCUCAGCAUGUUUUGCGUCAAAUUUGCUCCCAGGAGUGGGUUCUGGAACGUUGCUUGCAGAAUGCAGAUGAGCUGUGCCAGCAAGGGAUGCUGAUUGACAAUAUGCUCACGGCGAAGCAGGCUCAACGGCUACUGCACAUGAUUUGCUACCCGGAAAAUGAGUCGAACCUUAUCGCGGACAUGGACCAGAAGGCUAUAAUUGUACGGAUUUUGGAAAAUUUAGAACAAUGGUCACUGCGAAUCUCUUGGCUUGAUUUGCAGCUAAUGUUCAAACAAACCAACUGUAGUUCACCGGAACUAUCGAAUUGGCUCGAUAUGGUGGCACGGGCAGCAAUCGACGUUUUUCAGGUGCACGAGUGCAAUAGCAUGGAAGUGUUCAGUUGUAAUGCACGAAACGAAAGAAUAAAGCCGUCGAUUUGGCUGGUUGCUCCACUGGUAGCUAAGUUACCCAGUGCAGUACAGGGCAGGAUUCUUAAAGUCGCCGGACAAGUACUCGAAAGCACAAAUAUGUUUAGCAAAUCUAAGGACACUGGUGGUGGAAACAAUAGUAGCAUAGGCAGCCAAGGUGGCAACAGUAACAGUUCUAUCAGCUCAAAUGGCAGCGUCAUGAUCAGUAAGCAAAGCUCACAGCUCAAUCAUCAUCCAUUUUUGGGAUUGGUGUUGACCUGUCUGAAAGGACAAGAUGAGCAGAAAGAGGGACUUUUGCAGAGUCUUUAUUCGCAGCUAUCCCAGUUUUUGCAGAAUCGAGAUUUGGAAACAGUCGGUGGGAUCGAAGAUCCUUUAGGAUUCGAAAAAAUGUUGGAUGCUUUGCAGUUGCGUUAUUCGCUGGUCGGUGGUAUGUUUGAUGCGAUCCAGAAAAACUCAACCUCCACUAGUGAUUGGGCGAUUCUGUUCGCCCAACUGAUCAGUCAGGGAGUAAUUGAUUUGAGCAAUAACUCGGAGUUGUUCACUACCACACUGGAUAUGCUGGCAACAUUGAUACAUUCGACGCUAAUCUCAGACAGUCAAUCAGAACGGGAUGAAACCAAGAAGCAGUACACUAAUCUGAUGAAAAAACUACGUAAAGAAUUGGGCGACAGGAAUAACUCCUCAAUUAAGUACGUCCGUCAACUGCUGCCACUAGCGAAGCAAACAUGCGAAGUAAUUGCUUGUGAACCAGCCGGAAGUUCAACCGACGCGAAGGGUAACAAAAUAAGCAUCGACAGUAUCGAGAAAAAACAUGGUCUUCGAUUGGCAGACAAGCAACGAGUGAGUGUUUGGGAUCUACUUGAAGGUCACAAAAAUCCAGCUCCUCUAUCGUGGGCGUGGUUUGGGGCGGUAAAAAUUGAACGGAAACCAUUGGCAUACGAGGAAACCCAUCGUUUGUUGAAAUAUCAUACACACAGCUUAGUGAAACCGUCCAGCUAUUACUAUGAACCAUUACCGUUGCCACCAGAAGAUUUAGAGCCUGUGCCCGAUAAACUGAAAGAUGAUAUGAAGGCUGAUACCCCAACAUCGGACCAAUCGCCGGCCCCAGCUGGCAAGAAGGGCAAAUCUCAAACGCGGAAACGGAAACCGAAAGGUGCAGCUCAAACACCUCAGUGUCAGCAAGCUACUGGACAGGCACACGGAAUGACAGAUCAACAACAAGUGGUAGGUCAUCAAGGCUUACAAGCUGGUCAACAACAGCAAACCCAGGGACAGGGACAGCAGCAGCAGCAACAACAACAGGUUUCAAUGACACCUCAGCAAACGAUGCAGCAGUUGCAGAAUGCCAACCUUGCCCAGAUGUCAAUGGGAGGUCAAAUGGGUCAGUUGAACCUGCAGCACUUACAGCAACAGCAAUAUCAACAGCAAAAUCAGAACCAAAUGAUGGCUCAGCAAAUGGUCCAGCAGCAAGGAAUGGGUCAACAGCAGGGCAUGGGCCAGGUACAGGGUGCAGGUAUGGGUUCAAUGAUGGCGGGACCUCAGCAACAACAGCCCGGUCCCAGUCAAAUGGGAUUUGUCGGAAGUGGUCCUGGUGGUGGUGUCAAUCCUAUGGUUGCUCAAAUGGGAGGACAGGGUGCCGGCGCUGGCAACAAUCAGCAAUGGGGCGGCUAUAAUCCAAUGCAGCAACAGCAGCAGCAACCGCAGCAACAAAUGUACUACGGUCAGGGCAUGGGUCAGCCUGGAAUGAACCGGUUUGAUCGACCACAACUGAACACCAACCCGAAACAAGUUCUGUCAAAUAUGUUGCGCGCUCGUAUGCCCAUGGGAGGAGCCAAUCCAGCGGCUGCUGGUUUCAUACAACAACAGGCACGUUCUCAGCAACCAUUCAUGCGUGGCCCUAUUCGUCCUAAUUUACCCAAUCAAAUGGUUGGAGGGGGCAUGGGUACGGGAGCUGGUGGUACCAUGAUGGGAUCAGGUGGAAGCAUGAUACAAACUAAUAUAUUGAAUCAGCAGAAUGCGGGUCUUGUAGGUCAGGGAAUGGGUGCUGGUAUGGGAAAUACCGGAAUGAGUGCCGGGGCAAUGAUGGGUCAAGCUGGUGGCAAUGCAAAUACAGGUGGCAUGAGUAAUCCUAACAUGAUGGGAAUGCAAAAUAUGUCACAAGCUGGUAACAUGAAUGCUGGAAUGGUGAAUCAAAGUAUGAAUCCAACAAUGGGAGGUACCGGUAUUGCCGGAGGUGGAAUGAUUGGUCAGAACGGAGCAAAUGCUAACUCGGGAGGGAUGGGCAACCCCGGCAUGAUGGGAAUACAGUCUAUGCAGCCAGGUGGAAUUCAGUCGGGGAUGUUCCAAGGUCAGGGAGGCCCGUAUCAAAGUAUGAAUCAAAGCUAUCAAAAUUAUGGUAACCAGGGUAUAGGCCAGCAGAGUGGCCAAGGUAUGAUUGGAAAUUUCAAUCAAUUAGGUCAACAACAAAGGAACACACCGGCAGAAUAUAUCGCUCAACAAAGAGCACUGGCAGCUCGAGGUGGUCAAUAUGGUCAGCAUGCGCCUAAUGUCACGAUGAGCAAUAUGGUAAAUCAAGGGGCGGUUCCUCCAUACCCAAGGCAGGGAGGCAAACCUGGCGCAACUGCAGCACAAACACAGCAACAAUUCCAGCAACAGCAAAGGCUUCGUCAGCAAAUGAUGAUGCAGCAACAACAAGGACUAGCCCAGCAGGGCAACUCCGGUAUGGUGCCAAACCCGGGACAAGGGAUUAGCCAACAGCAAACACCAAAUCUGGUUGCUCAACUACAACGUCAAAUGCCGAAUCAGGGGGGCAUGAUGGGACAGCAGUAUUCGCACCAACCCCCGCCGUAUUAAAAUGAGGAUAUCUAAACCUAUGAAUAUAAAGUAUAUUUAUUCUACCAAUUAUAAUUCUAAAUACAACAACUGAAUAAACAGA